GAAGUCUCGCUGUUGUACCUCUCGUAGUCGACGUCGUCAGUGCGAAGUCGGAAGUUAGCGGCUUUAGUUUUUGUGGCACAACAUCCGGUAAUCCGUAAAACUCAAAUCAACACUCGGCCACGAAAGUAAAAUUUGGUUGAUGCUCAAAACUUGGACCAAUCUGUGAAAGGUCGCAUUGCAGGAACCUCUUUGUGUGCAUGUGGAAGUUAACUGACGUCCAAAAUUAUAACCUUCCGUCCGGGAUAUAGGAUUUUCUGCUACGACAAGUCUUCCGGGUUGGAAAAGAACUGACGGGAAGGCAAAACCGUUCGUUCUGUCCGGUGGCCGGAGAAGUCCCAUCGAGAAAAACCAUUGUGUGUUGAAAACCAUUGUUGUGUCACGAAACCUGAGAGGGGAGCGCUACGGCUGCUGUUGAAUCUAGUUUUCCAUUUUUCUUUUUUUUGCUCUUUUGGUGUGGGUUUGCUGGGCGAAAGAGUAGUGUGCUUUGAAAGUUUUCGAUUUUUCUAGUUCAGGUUUUUAUUUUCAAGUUUUUGUGAAACGAGCUGCUGCUGUGUCGUAAAUUCGAAAUCCAGCAAGAAACACCAUUUUAUGCCAUACCGCGGCUGAUAGUUUUUUUAGUUAUUAUUUUUAUUCGGUUCUAUUGUUUAAAAAAAAAAACGAGUGGCCAGCUUACGCUCUUAACGUCAGCUUUGUGGUGUUACUAUUUUAAUCGUGUUCCAGUCACAAAUCUGACAGAAACUCGGUUAAUUCCAGAGGAAAUAACACCAGUGUUACAGCUCGCGAAGAAAAAGUUCCAGCCAUUGCAUUUUUAGUGCACCCCACAUUUCAGAGUAGAUAAAUCGAAGCAGCAGUAGCAGAAAAAAGUGUGCAGAGAAGUAGUUCAAGCUGUAUUUGUGGUGAAACAAGAAUAGCUCUACAUAGGCACGGCAGCAAUCAACGACGAGCAGCGGAGGCAGAGUGGAAAAGUGUUACAAACCUAACACCGAACCCUGCCCUGUUUGGGAAAAGCAUCGACACGACAGCAGACAAAGAGAGGAAAAAUACGACCAAACCAUGGAUUUCUUCGAGAAGGGAAGCAUAGUAAACAUCAAACGAAGUGAUGGUCGCGUACAUUCCGCAAUGGUGUCCCGAAUCCACGAGGCGUCACGCUCGGUCACCGUAGAGUGGUACGAGCGUGGCGAAACCAAGGGCAAGGAAGUCGAGCUGGAUAUGCUGCUCGAAUUGAACAAACCGGAACUGCUGCCCGAUGCGGCCAACAGUGACUCCACGUUAGUGGCACAGUUUAAGGAUCACAUCACCCCGGCUCCUGCGAACCUUGCUAGGGAAUUCUCACAAUCAUCCACGGAAGAUGAUGGUUUUCUAGAAGAUCAGGAAGAUCCGACGUUGCUCCAGAACAACGCCAACAACAAUAACCAUGGCAGUAGCAAUGGAACCAAUGGCACCGGCGGAACCGGACCGGGGCUAGGCGGGGGAACCAUGCCUAUCAGCCGGUCCACCAAUGCGGCUUCCAAGGCGAAUGCUACACAAGGCGCAAUCAGCAGGCUCAACGUGGUGAAUGGAGCUGCUCGCACAGCUCGAACUUCACUGGCCCCCAGCUACAACGGUCACGAUCAAUCGGAAAACAUUCCCCCGCAGAAAGCCAAGCAGGCUAAGGCCCAGCCAAGCAGUCGCAUGUCGAUGGCUUCGCAGCCAGCUCCUGUUGCCACCCAGAUCGUACAACCAACGGUGGCAACGGCCGCACAGCUCAAUCAGGCCGCGUCAAACUCGCGGCGAUCCUACGUAGUCAAAGAAGUUGAACGGUUGAAGGAGAAUCGAGAAAAACGUCGAGCCAAGCAAGCUGUCAUCAGAGAAGAGAAAAAUGCCCUCAUGAACAUGGAUCCAGGGAAUCCCAACUGGGAACUGGCAGCGAUGAUCCGCGAAUAUCAGAGCCAGAUUGACUUUCGGCCCCUACUUGAUGGGCAGGCCAUCGAGGAUCACCAGAUUACGGUUUGUGUGCGCAAAAGGCCACUCAGUCGGAAAGAAAUGAUGCGUAAGGAAUUGGACGUUAUUUGUGUGCCCACUAAAGAUACGCUUAUAGUUCAUGAGCCUAAAACAAAGGUUGAUCUGACAAAGUUUCUGGAGAAUCAUAAUUUCCGGUUCGACUAUGCAUUUGAUGAUUCCUGUAGCAAUGAGCUGGUCUACAAAUACACUGCCAAACCUCUCGUGCAAACCAUUUUUGAAGGAGGAAUGGCCACUUGCUUUGCUUACGGUCAGACCGGCUCUGGAAAGACGCACACUAUGGGCGGCGAUUUCAACGGUAAGGUGCAGGACUGCAAGAAUGGUAUUUAUGCUAUGGCAGCCAAGGACGUGUUCGCAUAUCUUCAUAGCGCAAAAUAUAAUCAUCUAAACCUGGUGGUAUCGGCAAGUUUCUUCGAGAUCUACAGUGGUAAAGUAUUUGAUCUCCUCUCGGACAAGCAAAAGCUGCGUGUCCUCGAGGACGGUAAGCAACAGGUACAAGUGGUUGGGCUCACAGAAAAAGUGGUCGAUUCCGUCGAAGAGGUUCUAGGUAUCAUCAACCAUGGUAAUAGCACUCGAACCUCUGGCCAAACAUCGGCUAAUGCCAACUCCUCACGAUCGCACGCCGUGUUCCAGCUGGUAGUUCGACCGAAAGGAUCCUCUAAAAUUCACGGCAAAUUUUCCUUCAUUGAUCUGGCCGGUAAUGAACGAGGAGCGGAUACAUCGUCCGCCAAUCGCCAAACACGCAUGGAAGGUGCAGAAAUCAAUAAGUCGCUGCUAGCGUUGAAAGAGUGCAUCCGGGCACUAGGAAAACAAAACGCUCAUUUACCAUUUCGCGUUAGCAAACUGACACAGGUAUUGCGAGAUUCGUUCAUAGGAGAGAAGAGUAAGACCUGUAUGAUUGCUAUGAUUUCGCCGGGGCUGAGCUCGUGUGAGCACACGUUAAACACUCUGCGGUACGCCAACCGCGUUAAGGAACUGGUGGCCAUUGAUCCGUCCGAGCGGUCGGAUGACGUUGAACCGAUGGAAAGUGAUGAACCGAAGAAUGGAGUCCUCUCGGAAAACGAUCUAGCUCAGCUUCGGUCGUUGAAUGAACACGAUAUGUCUGUUGAACUAUACAACCAACAUGCGGCCAUCUCAGACUUGCAGCAAACGGAAGAGGAAGUGGUCGAUCACCACCAGAAGGUAAACGAAUUCCUGAUGAAGUUCUUGCCCGAAUCGAGAGAACUGUACAAGCAGACCAACUACGUGGAUUAUGAUCAAGAUGCUUACUGCAAACGUGGCGAGGAGCUUUUUACCCAGCUAGCGGAGAUUGCAACCACCUGCAAGGAUCUGAUGUCAGAGUUCCGCGCCAAGUUAGCCAAGGAGGAAAUGCUAUCGCACAAGAUCAACCCGGAACGGAAGUACAAGUAAAGACACCCAUUCGAGCCACCGUACCGCCGCAGUGGGUGGACGUUAAUUGUCUGUGUGUGGUAUUUUCAUUGUUUUCGGUGCAUUCAAAUGGCAAUAGAUGCGGAAGGUGAGCUAUCCAUGUUUCUACAGGCAAGUUCGCGCACCUCAGCACUUCGCCACGAGUCUGUUAUAUUUUCGACUAGAAAUGCUUAAAAAUUGUUAAUACGAAAAGAAAUGAAAUUCACGCUCUUGUAUCACAGGAAGAGUCGUGCUGAAAUCGAAAGAAAAAGACGAAAAUACGGAAAUGUUUUGUGGAUGGUAUACAAAGAUUAUUUAUUUAUUUAACACCUUUGUCGUAUCAACUUUUUAUUUUAUUUUUUUCUUUAACACUACACACUACUCUGGAGAUACCGAAAAUGAAGAGCAAGCUAUGUAAUUAAAGUUGCGAUAACUGACGUUGGUGAGUGUGUGAGAAAGCAAGAGAGAACAGUAAACGCAAGACAGCAGAGUAUAGACUAAACAAGUAAAUAGUAGACCAGCAAAUUGCAUAGCAAGAAAUGAACAAACAAUACAUUUAUUCGCAGAACGAUUCCUAAUAAAAAAAAAUAUAAUUAUUAACGUUAAUACGUCGGCUUUUUCGAAAUGGUUCCUAAAGUUAACACACGUGAAUUAAGUGUGCGUAUUUGGGACGAUCGUUAAAGCAGUCUGAACGACCAACAGCUAAUUGUUAAGCAUUAUCAUACUGAUCGAUCUAAAUGAGUUAUCUCUCUUGAAUUCCCGCAGAGCUCGUCUGCCGAGAUUAAACCGAUUCUAGUAGUUUUCCGUAGGUCAUGUACUCGUUUGGUUUUAUUUUAUCUGCAUGUGUCUGAAAUCGACUGAUAUGUUUUGAAUGCUGUCGCACCCUUUGUUGCUUGUUUGACAAUGUUAAACAUGUGAAGCAUUCGAGAAAUCGGAAGAAUGGUUUGUGUACAUGUUGGAUAACCUGAUUGUUGAUUUGUGUUCCACUCGAAGCAAACUACACAGGGGUCCAAGGACUGCAGAAAACAAGAAUAAUGAUAGAUGAAAAGUGCGUGCAUGUGAAAAAGUAAAACAGUGAAUGAUACUAAAGUUGUAGAUAGUAAGAGCUUAUAUAACAAAAGCAAACAAACAAAUGAAAGACAACACUAAACACAACAGAAAUAUAAAAAAAAUAAUACUUAUAGCAAGAA